GAGGGAGAGAGAAGAGGAGGCAGAGAAACAGAGGCAGGAGCAAAUUAGGGUUCUCAAGAAGAGAGAGGAGGACCAAAGACCAGAUGCUGAGGAGAAGCCCCAGUUGAAAGAGAAGAGAAAAGAUGUGAAGGUCUCCUACACAUCCCAAGUUGUCCUGCAUACGGAGACAAAGCAUGGUAACACCAACGGAGACACAGCUGGGGAGGAAUUUACAUCAUACAUGGCCAAAACCAAAUUAAGGGCUCCCAGUCAUCCUUCCAUCUAUCCCUCCAUCUCUCCCAGGGCUGUGGUACAAGUUGCAGCGGUCGAGCCUGAGGAGGAGGCAGAGGCCAUCUUAGAGGCCAAGCUGGAGAAGAUCCGACCUAGCCACACGGAGAAGGAAAACCAGGAGCUUGAGCAGCUCAGACACAAGCAGGCUGAGGCCGAGCAGGAGCUGGAGGAGCUGAAGAGGAGGAGGGAGGAGAGACGCCAGGUCAGGGAGGGGGAGGAGCGCAGGAGCAGGGAGGAGGAGCAGCAGCGCCUGGCCAAGGAUGAGGAAGAGAAGAGGAGGAUGAAGGAGGACAUAGAGAGGAGGAGGAUGGAGGCAGCAGAGAGGAUGAAGAGUCUCAGUACCUCCAGCGUGGACGGAGAUGAGUUGUUUAGCCCGCUCAGUCCCAAAGGCUCCAUCUACAAGAGAGAGAAUGAUGAGAGUUUGACAGCAGAAAAUACAUUAUUGAUCACAGAAAGAACAGAAUCCUUGAACCGGUCCCUAAAGAAAAGCAACAGCUUCAAGAAGACACAGCUCCCUGUUCUCCUCGCCAAGAUCGAUGACAGGCUGGAGCAGUACACCCACGCUAUCGAGUACUCCCAGGAGGCCAAGGCAGUCAAACAGGGCCUGAUGGACAUCCCAAUGUCACCUGAAGCAGUGUCCUCCAAGAAGCACUUGUUUGAGGCUGGAGAGGCUUGGAACCAGAGCCCGACCAAAGGCACACCAUCCAAGGAUGUUGAGGGUCUGAAGGUGGGCGUGGCAGACCUGAUCACCCAGUGGGUGAAGGGAAACCCAGAUGGCACCAGCAGGAACUCCCCCCCAAGACCAGCUGAUGUAAAAGCUGGUGACGUGAUGCAGAAAAAGAACAUGUGGGAGAUCAUUGGAGAAACAUCCCCUGGGAGAUCAGGAGCAGGGGCAAAGGGCAAUCCAUCUGGUAAAAGGUACAAAUUUGUGAUGACUGCUCAUGGCAAAUAUGAGAAGAUUCCUGUUGAUGAUGAUGAAAAUAUGUAUGAAUACAUUAAUGGAAAAGCAGACAUAUGCCAUGGUGAAUAUUGAAAUACAUGUGUGGUGGCAAAGACUUUCUAUUCAAGAUGGUAUGAACUUCAACAACUCCGGUCAGCUUGUCAGCAAACCCUGUGAUGAUAUCCUGAAGUAACACUUGUUAUGAAAACAAUAUAAUUCACAGUUAUACCUUUCCUACCACAUUUAGUAGCUAACUUUUGAGAACUUUUCAAAUGGUUAGCCGUUGCUUUGUUUUGUAUAUCUCUAUAUUCACUUUGUACAAAGCAAUGAGAACUCCCCAAUUCCAUUUAAUCUUCAGACAUAAACUGAGUGUACAAAACAUUAAGAACACCUACUGUUUCCGUGACAUAGACUGACCAGGUGAAUCCAGGUGAAA